AUGGGAAGGUUGUACAUUUGAACAGCUUUUUCACUGCUUUUGCAUUCAAUGAUGCGGCUCUCAGAACCAAUACUGGACAUGGAAAUGGCAAACUACAGUGAAGUUUUAGAUCCAACAUAUACAGCACUGGAGUUCGAAACUAUGCAGAUUCUGUAUAAUGGCAAUGACAGUUCAGGAGAAGCUGUCAACAUGAAUGCUGCUGACAACGGGGUCAGUAGUCUCUGUGCAAUAUGUGGAGACCGAGCGACCGGAAAACAUUAUGGUGCUUCCAGCUGUGAUGGAUGCAAGGGAUUUUUUAGACGUAGCAUAAGGAAAAACCACGUCUAUUCAUGCAGAUUCAGCCGACAGUGUAUUGUUGACAAGGACAAAAGGAAUCAAUGCAGAUAUUGUCGUUUAAAAAAGUGUUUUCGAGCAGGAAUGAAAAAGGAAGCUGUACAAAAUGAACGGGACAGGAUAAGUACAAGAAGAAACACUUUUGAUGGCUGCAACAGUCCCUCUAUUAGCACAUUGUCACAAGCCGAGACACUCUCCCGCCAGAUCUCAAUUUCCAGUCCUGGUGCUAGCACUGAUAUAAAUGUUAAGAAAAUUGCUGGUGUUAGUGAUGUCUGUGAAUCUAUGAAGCAACAACUUUUGGUCCUGGUGGAAUGGGCUAAAUAUAUUCCGGGCUUCUGUGAACUACCACUCGAUGACCAGGUUGCCCUGCUAAGAGCACAUGCUGGGGAGCACCUGUUGCUUGGAGCAGCAAAACGGUCCAUGGCAUACAAGGACAUUUUACUUUUAGGCAACAAUUACAUAAUCCAUCGCAACAGCACUGAAAUGGAGAUCUGCCGAGUGGCAAAUCGGAUUCUGGAUGAAUUAGUUCGUCCCUUCCAGGAAAUUCAAAUAGAUGACAAUGAAUAUGCUUGCUUGAAAGCGAUUGUGUUUUUUGAUCCAGAUGCAAAAGGCUUGAGUAAUCCAUUGAAGAUUAAGAAUAUGCGAUUCCAAGUCCAAAUCAGUUUAGAGGAUUAUAUUAAUGACCGUCAGUACGACUCCAGAGGAAGAUUUGGAGAACUUCUUCUUCUACUGCCUACACUCCAAAGCAUCACUUGGCAAAUGAUUGAGCAGAUACAGUUGGUUAAAUUAUUUGGAAUUGUUAAAAUUGACAGUUUGCUUCAGGAAAUGUUACUGGGAGGUACUUCUAAUGAUGCCAGUCAUCUGCAUCAUCCAAUGCAUCCUCACUUAGCCCAAGAUCCAUUAACUGGCCAAACUGUCCUCAUAAGUUCAAUGUCUGCUCCUGUACAUACAGAACAGAUACCAACUCCAGAAACUCCAUUACCUUCCCCUCCACAAGGCUCUGGGCAAGAAUACAAAAUGUCUGCAAAUCAAGCUUCAGUCAUUGCACAGCAAUCUAUUUUGAAGCAAAAACCAUUGUGAUAUUUUUAUCUAUGUCUUAUCCUUCCUUCCUUCCCUUCAUUCUCUUCCUUUUCAUGCACUAGAUAGAUUGGUAGAACACUUGCACAUUUAAAAUCUCAGGUUGAUAAAGGUAAUUAUUUCCUCAGCAGCCACUGCUAAGUGGGUGUUCCUUAAAACACCUCAUGAUUUGGAAAGUAAUGCUGUUCUGACUACUGCAUACAACUGUAACUGUGGAUGCUGCAGUCUGACAAAUAUGUAUAGAGGUAGAUAUUAUUUUUAGAUCUUACAACUGCACAGAUUCAUGUUUUUAUUUCCUGUUUUAGUUGUUGUCUUAAUAUUAUUGUUUUAGGUGUGUAUAUAAUUUUUUCAUUGUAAUGGAACUGCUUAGUGCUUGUUUAGCUGUGAAUUGUAGAUAUGAAAAAGUGUGUCAUUCAGGCAAAAGCCAAGAUUCCACUAAUAGUAGAACAUUAGGCUACUAAAAAAGCACAUUAAUGGAAAAAAAAAAAAAGGAAAACAUACUUAAUGGACAGAAAACCGCAACUAUUUUUAAAAAUCCCAAUUUUAAAGGACCAUCUCUUUUAAGUAAAAUUUCAGCAAAAGCAUUGGAUCCUCCCUGCCUAACAGUUUGUAUGAAGCAGAAGGCCUGCCUGGGUGGAUAUGCUUGAGGACUUCUUAAAAUCUACAUAUAGAGCAUAUAUAGAUAUUAUGUCUAUAUAUAGUCAAUUGGCCCAUGAUGAAGCAUUUAUAUUGAUAAUUACUUAGAACAAGGACUAGUAGGCUUUUUGACUGGACUACCUAGUACUUUCCCAAAAAAAAUUAUGAGCUCACUUUGGGAAUUAGGCCAGUCUAGGGACACUUUUCACUUUCAGGUACUUUGGACACAGCCCUUCUCUUUAAGAGUACAGAGAGUAUCACAGAACCCCAGAAUAUACUGAGCUGGAAGGGACCCACAGAGAUCAUUGAGUCCAACCCCUGACCUUGCCCAGCACUAUCCCCAAGUCACACUAUAUACCUGAAAGGGUUGUCCAAAUGCUUCUUGAACUCUGUCAGGCUUUUCUGUGACCACAUUCCUGGAGACCCUGUUUCAGUCCCCAACUGCCCUCUUGGUGAAGAACCUUUUCCUAAUAUCCAGCCUAAACCUCCUGACACACCUUCAGGCUAUUCCCUUGGGUCAUGUCCCUGGUGACUACAGAGAGAGAUCAGUACCUGUUCCUCCUCUUGCCCUCACAAGAAGUUGUAGACUGAAAUGAGGUCUAACUAGGACCAUGUCAGGGCAAGAGGAUACUUCGGGAUGUUUGGUUUACUAGUGUAAGAGCAGCCAUUUUGUUCAUUUGUCUAACUGGGUAGUGAAUACAUGUUUCAGCAAUCACUAAAAUUCACCUACUGA